CUCUAGUAGCUUAUAAUAUUCAAUGCACCAUCUCCUCAUAGUGAUGGGAUCUAUCUAUCUAUCUAGGCAUACUGCCUUGCCAUUCUGGAUCUUCUUAAAGAUUUUGUUCUCUCUCGACCCUGUCCAAAGACAAAACUGGUUGUCCAAGUUUCCCCACGUCCACACCUUCUGCCAGCCUUGCAUUGACCAAGGAUGUCCACACACACACACACACACAUACAGGCGCGGAAUUUGGUGCUUGACAUUCCUGUAGAUCACAUG